CUUCGAGUUGAAUUUCCCAUCCCAGGGAACACAGCUCCAAGAGGGACAUUCAUAAUCCGCAUGCCCUCUGACCUCCCUCAGUUAAUCUGCAUACAGGAAUGACAAGCAUUUUAGCUGAGCAGAAACAGACGGGGUGUAGAGGCUGAAGCAGUGAAAGGUUGGGUCUGUACUAGAGAGAGAGAGAGACUGGAGCUGUGAAAGUUUUCAAUAAUCUCUGUGUGAGAGAGAGAGUUCCAAACCCUUUCUGUAGAAAGAAAGUGAAAAUGAAGCCGGGCAGUCUUGCUUGUUGGAGGAGUUGCGGUUCCCUGAUGUCUCUGGGACAGUUCUGACGACCUACCGACUUCAUGCGAGCGGGCAGAGUAAGGAGUCCUGUUGAAGCAGGAAGAAAAUGGGCCAGACUUCAGUGUCAACCUUCCCCGAGGCUGCGAGCGCUGAUGGACUGGAGAAGUACUCGAUCACAAACUCAGAAGGACUGCCCCCUGGGUCUGGGACACCGCCACUGAAACGGAAAAGCAAAUUGGCGUCCAUCGGCAAAAUCUUCAAACCGUGGAAGUGGCGGAAAAAGAAAGCAAGUGAGAAGUUCCAAGAGACAUCUGCGUUGUUGGAGAGGAAGAUAUCAACAAGACAGAGUCGGGAAGAGCUGAUAAGGAGAGGAGUUCUCAAGGAGGUUGCUGAGCAGGAUGGAAAUACCGAGACAACGUACAGGAAUGGACAUACGGUACCCAUCACACUCGAACCAACCGCAGAAAGCACGACAGACUCUAGCCCGCCACCACAAGACCCCCCAGAAACACCAGAAGUCCAACCUUCUCAGGAAGCCCAGCCAUCACCAUUGCCUGCGCCCCAGCUCAUGGAGUCCACACUCAUCCUCGCUGCUGCUACUGCUGAAGAAGCCGAUGGUGUUAAGUCAAGCCCCCAGCCUGUGUCAAAGUACCCUCCUGUGCCCCCGAAGCCCAUCUUCUGGAGCCAGAAUGUGGAGCAGAACACUUGCAGUUUGACAGUACUCUCCAAUAUGUUGCCUUCACCUCAAUUGCCAGUACUACUUCAUCCAGAGUUGGACGCUGAUCAAGCCCAAGACCCGUCACACUUCCCAGGCACGGGGGACAUGCACAGGAAUUCUGGUAAACAUUCCGACUUUCCUACACAACCUCAGUCUCUGCAACAGAGUCAAAGCAUCUCCUUUGGGCUUCCAGCCAUGGUACACCCAGUGCUGGAGCCUGGAGACCACAACGACAAGGGAAAGGCCGGGACUGGAAAAUCCGAGGUAGCUGCUGACCAAAAGAUCGGUCAGACUGAGCCAUCCCAACAGCAGAAGGGAGCUUCCCCCACUCUGCCUGACAAGCCUGACGUUACCAGUGGAGAAAUAAAUGUGUCCAAGCAGCAGGCAGAGAAAGACCUGACAGCAUCUGAAGAAACCGAGAAAGGCAGUGGCUGUGAUGACGUUGACCGGAGUGAGACAGCUGCCAUCCCUCUCACCAAGAAGAGCCACGUCCAGCUAGACAGCUCCUCCCCGGUCAUUGUCAUUCCCAGCGUAGCCUAUCGGGAAUCUCCGGGGAGCGACUCUGAUUCCGACAACUCGCUGCAAGACAAGAACGAAUCUGAUGAGUCAGAUGAAGACGAUGAAUGUUUAAACAGUGCUCUCGCCAAUAAGAUACGACGGAGAGACACGCUCGCCAUUAAACUCCGGAACCGCCCAACUAAGCAGGAGCUGGAAGAGAAGAACAUCCUGCCCCGUAAAUCCGAUGAGGAGCGGAUGGAACUGCGACAGCAAAUUGGGACCAAACUCAUUCGGAGGCUGAGUCAAAGACCUUCACUAGAAGAACUGGAACAGAGGAACAUCUUAAGAUAUCGAAAUGAAGAGGAGGAACAUGAAGAGAGACUGGAGAUCAGGAGGAGGCUGACUCGCAAGCUUAGCCUCAGGCCAACAGUUGCAGAGCUACAAGCCCGGCGCAUUCUGCGUUUUAACGAGUAUGUGGAAGUGACAGAAGCCCAGGACUACGAUCGGCGAGCUGACAAGCCCUGGACCCGGCUGACACCUGCUGAUAAGGCUGCAAUUCGGAAAGAACUGAAUGAAUUCAAAAGCCGGGAAAUGGAAGUGCAUGAAGAAAGCCGACAUCUAACGAGGUUUCACCGGCCAUGAAAUAACAAAGGCUCAGGGAGAGAGACUGAAAUUGUCGAGGAUUAAAGACGGUGCAUGAGGCUACACCAGAUGUGUUCUGUGCACCUUCCCUGCCAAGAGGCAGAUGUUCAACAGAGAGCUGACCAUGCAACAACAACAAAACCAUCACACACAAAAAAGUUUUAAUAUCUAAGUAAUUUUUUUAAAAAGAUUCUUUCUCUGUGGAAGCAGGCUGGCUUCUUUUGUUGAGGCAGGAGGGUGUGGAGAAAUGAGGACUAUGUUGACGUAAUGGAAUUGGAGAAUGGGGGGGGGGGGUUAAGUAGAGAGGGUGGUGAUGGUGGGGGAAAUGGAUCCCAGACAAAAGGGGAACUUUUUUUUAAAAAAAGCUUUCCAGCAAAUCGAAUGUCAUUCCCUCCUUGCUGCCAAUGUGUCAGGCAGGUGACCAGUCAGUACUGUGGUGCUUUGUCGUUGUGUUCUCCCGUGUCCAGAACUAUGGUCAGGGUGUUGUCUCCCUGCCGUUAACAAGCUGUUCUCUGCUAUCCUCUUGUUCUGGAGGAGGCAAACUGAUUCUGUAAAGGGGGAACCUAUUCCUUCAUGUAACUACAGCAAAUGACUGCUAUUAGCUGUUCAAAACUACACAGAAAGCUGUCCUGAUGGUAGCUCCAAACCAUACACCGCUCAUAUUCUGCAUAAAAAAAAAUACAGAUUGAACUAAAAAGAAGCCUCUACUUGUGUCUCUGUGGUGUUACUGGUUUCUCCUCUUACAUCCCCUCUCAUCCCCGUUUUCCCCCCCCCCCCCCCCCCCCACCCAAUCACCACCAACCCAACCCUCUGCUAAUUUUCUAAGCCGGUAAUACUUAUUUAUGGGAUGUGCGGUGACUGCUUUAGUUGCCAAUGUCUGUAACAGGAGGAAAUCUCUAUUUUAUUGUGUCAAGUGGGACAUUUUAAGAUGGGCGUGAAUUGACUGCUCAAUGAGCUUAAUGAGAGCGAGACCUGAUGCAGACAAGAGUGGAGCUGUAGAGAGGCAGGUCAAUGAUGGUCAGUAACUCUUUCUCACUGGGGGAGGAAGGAGAGCUGGCACUAGGACCAUAGGAAAUGGAACCUAGAUUCUAACCACAUAUUUAAGUUGAAUGAUGGAGAUCAGACUGGGUUCAAGUGGAUUAGAGCCAUUGGCCAUAGAUUUUUUUUUCACUCAUUUUCUCCCUCAACCCAACUUUCACCACAGCUCCCUCUGCCUUCGAAAUGUACUUAUUCAAUUGGAAAGGGUUUGGGGGCUGGCUGGACAAGUUGCCCUUGCUCCUGCGGAGCAUUUGGUAGUCUUUUUUUAUUGAGACCUUAAGGGCACCUUGACAAAACGUGUAACCAUGUCUUCUCAUUGUUUUGCCAUGGCCUGACACAUUUCCCCACUCCCCUCACUUCCCCAGGGUGUCUUCACUCACUGCCCCAAAUUACAGGGUAGCAAGUGACGGUGAUCUUUGAACCAGAAAUCACCCCUAGACACUCAUGCCUGAAAAUGAAGGGUUUUGAUCUGGGGAAACAAAGUUGGAGAGCCUUCAUGUGAAAGGCUGAUCGAAAGACAGUUAAUGAGCUGCAAUCGCAACUCACCAUGUCUUACUACAGAGUGGGGAGCUGGCUAAUCUCAACCCUUGCCAUUGUACCAAAGCACCCUCCAGCCAUUGUCCAUCCAAUCGACUCACUUUCUCUUUAGUUCAACAAUUUAGUCUUUCAAGUUUUAUCAAAGUGAAGGAGAGGGGAGAGAUUUCGUAUCUGCUUGUGUACUUUCUGUCUCCGCUCUUGCGUUUGUUAUUUCUAACCCUGGACGGAGGACCUGGAAUUGAGAAGAAUCGAUUUAUUUUUUUUCUCCCAAAUGGCCUGCAAUAUUCAGCCUUUUUUUAAAAAAAAAAAUGAAGAUUCAUGUUCAGUACAGGAGUAACCAUGGUGAUUUGUGGUCAGGCAGGAGGGACAAGUGUGAAAAAGGGCAACGGCUUUGCUAACGAGGGUUGAGUGGGGACACUGCUCAGCAGAAUGUUCGUUUAUUUUAAUCAGUUGUAGUGGGAUGCCAGAGUUACAAUGGGGAUGGCAAUUAGCUAUCUGCUGUUGAAAUGUAACUUUCCUGUGAAUCCACUGAAGGAAAUUGAGAGAGUAAACGAUUCCACAUCAUUGAAAGAGUGUAAACUGAUUGUGAAUUUAAAAUACUUAUGUAAACUGUGAGCUGGAAAAGAGGAAACAUUGAUAUAUGAUGAUGUUUAUACCCAGUAUGCUGUCACAUGUUGGUGCACGAUGCUGUGGACAUCUAGUAUGCUGCCAGAUGAACUGUCCUAUGUUGUACUACAUCCAGAGCUGUUUGAUCUUGCCUCCAAUAUCUGCCGUGCGUGUCCACCCUCCAUUACAAUAUGCUGACUCUGGGAACAGUAACUCCUUUCUCCCCUGCCCUCAGCUAUCAGCUCCUCCUUAUGUUGCCAGAGGAGAUGGAGACCCAUUCUUUCAUGUUUACUAUUGCCCUCCUUCCCUGCAGGGAAGCAUGCCAGAAGAAUGGCAGCAGCCUCCUGCCAUAUCCUGAAGAGUGGGAUCUCUACCUUUUUUUUAUGAAGAGGUUUGAAAAGCGAACUAAAAUGUAAGAGAAAACAAUGCUCCAACUUAAUCCUGAAUGUUUUACUUGCAGAAGGUUGCAACCUAUUCUGCGAGGAUGAAAUCACCCAUUUUAGUUUGAAGAUUACCUGAUCAACAUUUCUCUCACUUGCAACCCCCCAACCCUAUGUUUUUAGUUCCCAGAAUACUUGGGUUGGUUAGCUCAGCUGGUUGGUUUGUGAUAGCAACAGCAUGGGUUCAGUUCCCAUCACUGCCUGAGGUUACCAUGAAGGAUCCUCCUUCACAACCUCUCCCCUUACCUGAGGCACCGUGAUCCUCCAGGUAAAACCACCACGAGCCAUCCCUCUCGGAGAGAGCAGCCCUCUGAUGACUUUACCUUACUUAACCACCCAAAUUAACCUCUCAUUUCAUUUGAGGCAGUGUUUCAGGCAAUAAGACUGUAUGGCGACGUCUAAACAGAAGUUCCAGGAAAACUAGACAGUUUUGUUUUCCCCCGGUUGUCCUGCACAACAGACAAGACUGGCAGCUGCUAAAAAAUUUUUUACUGUUCUCAAAUUUUGUUCUGUCCUUCGUCUUAUAGACAGAGGGAUCUCUACAGUUGUAUAACACCUGAAUGUAAAUUUGAUUUAUAAAUUCUAUUGGUUGUAAAUAACUGGAAAAAAAGAAUGUAUGCUGGCAAGUAAUUCUACAAACUCUGUUUUAUUUUGUAAAGUGUUGCAAUAUAUAUUCUAUAUAUUUUCAAAAAAGUAUCCCCAAAUCUCGCUUUUGUUUUAAAUGCUGUGCUUUGUUCCUGUAAUAAUUCUACAGCGAACCUAGGUUACUUGUGUGUUUCUAUGUUCUUAAAAGUUCCUACAUUAUACAAUCUCUCUUUUAGGAGUAUUUAAUGUGACAUUGUUAUUAGCUAUUGUUUUUCAUCACUGAGCACAGUUCUGAAGUGCCUUAGUUACAUGUUUUGGCUGACUCGUUCUGUAACCUGUCAAAAUUUCUUUAAUAAAAUUCCAUCAAGUGCUCAUG